AUGAAUAUAUCAGAUAGUCAACUAUUUUGUUCAAGACAACCAACAAAUUGGUCAAUGAUGUUUCCAUUCAACAGUAAUAAUAAUAAUAAUAAUAAUAAUACUGUCGAUGUAUAUGAAAAAUCACGUUGUAACAAUAAUAAUAAUAAUGGUAAUAAUCAAAGUGUUAAUAACAGUUUGAUGAACCAUCAAUUACAAACUUCCCCACCCUUUUCUCCUGCACCACAACCGCCUGCGAUGUCGUUGUCAGUGCCACCUCCAGCUUCCCUACAACAUCAUCAUCCUCCUCCUACAUUUUCACAUCAAAACGAUCCACAACCACAACAAGAACAAUGUGAAGAACCACCACAACACCAACAUUUGUUGCCAUCAGAUGCUAGUACAUUGCAAGAAUUUGUGAAUUAUGGAUUGUUACCGAUUUCAUCGAAUCAAACUAGUCAAUAUAAUCAUAAUAAUAGUAAUCAUACUAUUACUGCUAAUAGUAAUAGCAGUAAUAAUGAUAGUACUAGUCAGUUAGAUGCAUUUUACAUACCUUCAAGUAUUACUAUGGCACAGAAUGAUGUGAAUGCAAUGCCUAUAUCGGAUUCUCAGACACGAUUGACUACAGAGUCGACAAACAGUAUGUUUAACAAUAUUCUACCAUAUAUAAAUAAUGAAGGAUUAUCCGAUGCUCAUUGUUCGUAUAGAGAUAUGGUUUUUUCACAAAACUCUAUGAAUACUACUAAUAGUAGUAUAAUGAGUGGAACUGAUAUAUCAAAAUCAUUUCAACAAUUAGAUCCAUGGACAUGGAUGAAUAUAAAUCAUCCGAUUAAUUAUCCAAUGACAUCAUUUAAAUCGAAUACUUUUCCAGUUAUUGCUACAUCAACGCCACCUUUGUCAUCGUCAUUAAACUCGACACAAUCACUGACAUCGACACCGGUCACAUUGUCAUCGAUUUCUGAGAAUCCAGUUGUUACAAUGGCUUUAGAAUUAGCUAAUAAAGCUCAUCGUCUUACAAACACCAAUAUCAGUUCAACAAUGAAUGUAUCGACAAGAGAAAAUGAUUUCAUAUCAUUGCCGAAAUUUAUGGGAAUGACAUCACCUAUGUCUAAAAAAUACCCUAAAGGAUUGUUCCCUCUGCAAAGACAUCGUGAGCAUCAGCAUCAUCAACUGCAACAGCAUCAACAACAACAGCAACAAUCCUUACAAACACAACAACAGUACAAAUUUGAAGAUUUUCUACCGAAUACAUUGAACAUAGAACAAAACACUUAUAAACCUGAUUGUAAUCAUAAACACAAUCCUAUUCAUCCCAGCACCGAAGAGAUUCAUAAAGAAUUCCCUGGGAAAACUACAUUUUCUCUACCAUCGAUUAGUUUAUACGAUACAAAUAUUUAUUCACAAACUAUGAAUGCUAUGAUGAAUAUGAAACCGGAAAUUCUAUCCACCGAUGUUUAUCAUCGUAUCCAUGGAAAUUAUCAUGGUGAAAGUAAACAGUGUACAACUACUAUAGGAAUGACUUCCGUCGGUGAUGUUGUGAAUAAAAGCAACAACUACAGUAAUAGUAAAUCACAUCGUCCCAAUCGAUCGUACACAUCGACAACACCGGCUGAGGAUUAUGAAUUGAAGUAUAAGUCACGUACAUCAAUUCCUCAUCAUAAACAAUACAGUAAUCAUAACAAUAUGAAAGAAUUGAAUUCAUUACCAAGGCGUAAACGAUCUACUUUCAAUAGUACUACGUCUAUGGCUACUAAUCAUACUACUAAUAUAAAUAAUAGUAGUAGUACCAAUAAUAUCAACACCACUGUUCAUCAUUCCAUCAAUCACAGUAUAAAUCCAAAUGUUACAAUGACUAUCAACAGUACAUCGUCAAUGACAGGCGCAAAUAAAACGCAUUUCUUCUCAACUACUAAUAACAGUAAUAAUUUCGAGUUAAGUAGUAUAUUCACUCCUACUACUACUAGUAUAUCAACUAAUAUUGAUAGAACAACACAUUGCACUGGCGGUAAAUCACAUUUCAAUAAUUUAUUACAGCAAUACACUAAUGAACAGGAUGAGAAUAAAAGUAAUCAGAAAUCAAUAAAUUAUUCGCAUACAAAUAGUAUCGAUGAAGAAUCAUUUAUAAAAUAUAGUGCGAAAUUGAUGAAAUUCGCCAAAGACAAUGAAACUCCCUUAUCGACAUAUAUCAAUGAUGAUUAUGAGCAUACAAAUUUAACAUUCUAUGCUAAACAAACCAAUUCCACAUUUGGUACAAAUCAAUGGAGACCGCAAUGCUCUGGACAAAUACAAUUAUGGCAAUUCUUAUUAGAAUUAUUAUCAGAUUCUAAAAAUUUAGCAUGUAUCACAUGGGAAGGAACAAAUGGUGAAUUCAAGCUAGUCGAUCCAGAUGAAGUAGCCAGACGAUGGGGUGAACGUAAAUCAAAACCAAAUAUGAAUUAUGAUAAACUAAGUCGUGCAUUACGUUAUUAUUAUGAUAAAAAUAUUAUGAGUAAAAUAAAUGGUAAGCGUUAUGCUUAUAAAUUUGAUUUUACUGGAUUAGCACAAGCAAUGCAACCGCCAACAUGUGGUGUCAAUUCACCAAAUCCUUCAGAUACAAUGAAUACAAAUUCACAAAUGUUAUCCUCAUUAUUAUUACCAAGUGUAUGUCACGGUUUAGGCGGUAUAAUGAAUUCAUCAAAACAAAUUAAUUUCAAUUAUAAUUUAACAUCAACUGCGAAUACACAUUAUUCUAAUUUAUUAAUGUCAUCUACACAAUUAUCACAAAAUUCUACUAAUUUAAAUGAUUGUAAUCAUACUACUACUAAUGGAUCAUCAAUAAGUAGUAAUAGUAAUAAUAGUGAACUUGGUAGUAAUAAUAAUAAUAAUAAUCGUAAUGAUUUUAAUGUUCGUUUUUCUACUCAUUCAAUGAAUCCUAAUUCAACAGAUUUAUUUCCUCAUACAACAAAUAUUACCAAUUAUUUUAAUACACCUUAUUCAUCGUGUACAUCACCAUCGUACAUGUCAAGAUUAACAUCACAUCCUAUUGAUUUUCGAUCAAAUCACCAGCCAGUGCAUACGAACACUGCAGAGACUGUAAACGAUAGUAAUAAUAAUAAUUUGAAUAGAACAGAAUAUCCAACCGAUUCAAUUGAUUACGAUGGUCAUUUUACACAGAAUAAAUCCAACAAUAUGAAUUAUUCACUUUCAAAUGGUGCCUAUACACAAGAUGUAUUACAUUCAGCACGUAUGGCUGCCGCUGCAGCAGCGUGUUGUUUAAUCUCACCAUUGAAUAAUAGUUAUAAUAAUAAUAGUAAUAAUAUGUCAUCUUUAAACAAUUGUUCAGGAGAUAAUGAUGAUGAUGAUAAUAAUAGAACUUCAAUGAUUACAAUGAAUGCGGAUUCAUUAAUUCCGAAUAAAUUUCAUUCAUUGGAUGAUUUCGAAUCAUCACGUCUUCAUCAAUCACAUUCAAUGCAACCGCAACAUUCACAGCAUCAUCAUCAUCAUCAUCAUCAUCAACAACAUCCUCUUCCACAGUCUCCACAUGAACAACAUCAGAAUACUUCUUUACACAGCAUGGAUCAGCAUAAAUCAUCAACUUAUUCAACUACAUUGAAUGAAAUAUCACAUAAACAUUAUUUUUCUCGAAAAAAUUACAAACACACUUGCUCUAAUGAAGAUCAAUACAUUUCAACUGGGAUUAUGAAUAAGAUGGAGUCAUGUGAUGAUAUUAAUAAUAAUACUACUACUAAUAAUAAUAGUAAUGCGGGCAACACUAAUAGUAAUAAUAAUAACGACACUACUACACUUAAUAAUAAUGAAGAAUUGAACCCUACUACUCAUUUACUUCGAAAUACUACUCACAAUAAUUUAUCUCUAAUGCAUGAAAUGAAACUACUUCCUGAUAUGGGUGAUAUUAAUAAUAAUAAUAAUAAUGAUAAUCAGACGAGUACUAACUCAUUAUAUACAAACUCACUUAGUUCCACUUUAACUAGCUCUUCACCAACUUUUAUUGAUCAUUCGAACAAUUGUCUGUCUAAAUCAAUAAAUCCAUUAAUCGAAACAACAAAUUUGAUUGGAUCAUGUUUACCUAUGAUGACUCAUACAGCAUCCACAUGUAUGACCAAUCGAAUUAAUUCAUGGUUCACAGCAGUAACAGAAGAGGAACAAUCUUCAUUGGCAUUAACGUCAACAUUCAAUUAUACUGAUUCGAAUGAAUUACAAAAAACAAUCAAUUUAUCAAUCAGUUAAAUAUUUC